AUGGAUUAUACCCACAGCCCAGAGUAUACUCGUGAAGGCUUCUAUCUAUCUAUCUAUCUAUCUAUCUAUCUAUCUAUCUAUCUAUCUAUCUAUCUAUCUAUCUAUCUAUCUAUCUAUCUAUCUCAUCCUAUACACUACCAGAAGGCUAUCUAUAUCUAUCUAUCUAUCUAUCUAUCUAUCUAUCUAUCUAUCUAUCUAUCUCAUCCUAUACAUUACCAGAAGGCUUCUAUCUAUCUAUCUAUCUAUCUCAUCCUAUACACUACCAGAAGGCUUCUAUCUAUCUAUCUAUCUAUCUAUCUAUCUAUCUAUCUAUCUAUCUAUCUAUCUCAUCCUAUACAUUACCAGAAGGCUUCUAUCUAUCUAUCUAUCUAUCUAUCUAUCUAUCUAUCUAUCUAUCUAUCUAUCUAUCUAUCUAUCUCAUCCUAUACAGUGUCUACCAGAAGAAUUGCAUUUUCAGACAUAUUCAAGUGUUUGUCCUUCGAUUCCAAUUUCUAUCUAUCUAUCUAUCUAUCUAUCUAUCUAUAUCUAUCUAUCUAUCUCAUCCUAUACACGACCAGACAAAGUGCUUCUGAUCUAUCUAUUCUAUCUAUCUAUCUAUCUAUCUAUCUAUCUAUCUAUCUAUCUCAUCCUAUACACUAA